GUGCCUGGUCUCAGGCCUAUCCGAAGAUCGAAAAUAAUGAGCUCUGAGCUCGUUCCGUAGGGUAACGUCUGGCUGUCUCGUCAGAGACUGCAGCAGAUCAAACAGUGAAACACACACACACUUGCAUCUUUCACCGUGUUGUAAUACUUUUCAUACUUCAAAUUCAGAUUACGAAGCUUCACCGCCUCACCUCACCACGUCCACAGUCUAACACCCCCACCACCGCUCACCGAUUCACCACCCAGACACCUGUGACCUGUGUGAGCCCCGCCACCUCGCCACCUUUGUCCAAGCUUCCUGUUUUGCAAUCAGUCACUCUGCAACAGACACACAUACAUAAAUGUCACUCUCACUAACGGUACGAGAUUAAUUCGAUUCGCACAAGUCUAACGCCUAAAAAAAACUGUCUUUCUUUCAUCAAUGACGCAAAAUCAACCUUUCGAUCUUAUUUUCCUCCUGAUGAAAGGCUCCUGCUAUGCUCCUUCUUGAUCCAGGUCGUCGUGGAGUCCUGAAGGAUUCUACAGUUCCUUAAUCACCUUUCCGAAUGAAGGUGGGUGGUAAGAUACAGGUGCAACUCUCCGGCACUUUCAGGAGAGGAAUGUCGGGUUGUCAGGUUAGAGUGAGUGUUGCAAGGUAGCGGUGAGUGAAGCUGAGAAAGAUGAGGUUAGUGGAGAGAGGAAGCCUAGAACAAGAGAGAAAUAAUGACUUGAGAGAGACAGGAAAUAAAGAAGAGUAGUAAAGAAAACGGGUGAAGGAGAGCGAGAAAGCAGAGAGAGAGAGAGAGAGUUUUGCGGGGUAGCGGGGAGGGAAGAAGCUGAAAGAAAUGAGAUUAAUAGAGUAGAAACCUAAGACAAGAGCCAAUUAUUGAUCUAGGAGAGACAGGAAACAAAGAAGUGUACUAAAAGAUACGGUUGAAGAGAAAGAGAGAGAGGAAGCGGAGAAGAGUGAGGAUGACACGGUAAAUCCUUGUAUAGGGUGACAUGAGGAUGAAUUUAGCGCUGACUCGCUCUCGACACACUCAAACUGCUCUUCCCAGUCACUCACUUACAUAACGAUCCUAACCAGUCUGUCUCGUCACUGUUUUUCCCCCCUCCUAGUCACAACAAACACCAUGACCUCCCUAACCACAUGUACCUUGUCUUACCUUCUUUUGGCUCCUAUCACUGUCGCCGCAGCAGAUUAACCUUCACCAUCUUUUACAUAACGAUCUUUCUGUCCUAUCCCACCCAGCCUUAACAAACACACUAUCACCUUCCUAACUAAACAUUUUCUUUCUCCCUUUGCCUCCUAUCACGGGUCGCCACACGUGCAGAGGAAUCAUUAGUCUUGUAUGGCCUUUUUUUCAUAUUCCUAUCACUGUCUCGCUGUUUCGACCUUCAUCCAUUCAUUAACACAGUAAAACCUUUCUGACGAUACCUUUCCUUUCCUCUGAGCUCCUCCAGUUCACUCAGUCUUCUGCUUAUUCCUCAGUUUCACAGUUACAAGCUUACUGGUCACUGCGUCUCCCUAAUCUUUCCUCUUAUUUCCUUCCUUUAUCCUGUCUGUAGAUCCUUGACCUGAGAAGUACCCGUAACAAGUUCCACCUAGGUUUUCUGUGGCCUAAGUCUGUCUGUUCGCUACCUGUCUAACCUGUCGCACCUGUUCUAUCCCAACUGUCUGUCCUUCACCUUUCACACCAAAAGUCAAGCCAGUGUUCCUCAGCAUUGAAGCAUUCAACACCCCUACACAUCAGCACUUACGUCAGAGAUACACCCCCCUCCUCACCUCAGUCCAUCCUUUGUAUACCCCACCCCAGUCUCUCCCUCCUCUUCUCUUCCCUCAUGCCAGUUCCAUCACCACCACCACCGCCGCCAUCUACAGACCACCACCACCACCACCACCUGCAAAGUCGCCGUCGCUCUGUGAUAAGAUAAGGCUCGGGUACAGCUGUGCGAGUGGCGGGAUGCGCACCAGGCGGCGGCACUCUGGCACUCCUUCAUGGCACUCCCUCUGGUAUGCCAUUCUCCGGCCUCACUAAUGAAAGCAGGAGGCGGCGAGGGAAUGGGAGGCGACGAGCGUGGAGGUUCGCCGCUCACCCCAGCGUUCCCCCUUCCCUGUUCCCUCCACCGCCCCGCUGUGGCAGCGCUGUGCAGAGGGAGCAGUGGUGCGCUGAAGCUGCCGUGAGCGACUUCUAACGGCAUCGGAGCUGGUUAACACCCUGCUGAAUGGAAUAUACGUAACGGCAUCCCUCUGAACCAAACCCUUGUCUUCAGUGUGAGUAGUAGUGUGCGCAAGUGUGUGCGGUGCGGCAGGACAGGUGUGGCAUGAAAACAUCUGUGUGCGGUGCAGGAGCGGCACGGUGCGGCGUCAUGGGGAGGCGCAUGCUGUUGCUGUCUUGUGCUCGUACUGUCGCGAUCUUCCUCCUCGGAUUCACUAUUGGCGGAGUCUUCAAUUUGCUACUCAGUGCCUCCUUACCGGUCCACCACUACUCGUCACCCGCCGCUGGCCCGGGUGGGGCUGAUAUCCAGGAUGUGCUACAGGGGGAGACUCCACGCAUGGGGGAAUUACUUGAGAGGCAGCAGACACUACCAUCGCCACCGCUAUCAUUACUAAAACCCGGAGAGAACCCUGAGUCUCCCCGUGUGCUGUGCUACAUCCUGGUGGGGCCGAGCACGCACCGCACCGCCAUCCACGUGAAGAACACUUGGGGGCAGAGAUGUGACCGCCUCGUCUUCUUCAGCUCUUCAAAUGACACCAGCCUUCAACCAGACGUGUUGGAUGUACCUGAGGGUUAUGGGUACUUGUGGGCGAAGACGAAGGCAGGACUAACACACCUUCACGAGAACUACCCUGACUAUCACUGGUACCUGAAGGCUGAUGAUGACACCUACGUUAUCAUCGAGAACCUUCGCUACUUUCUCCAGGGGCGCGACCCGAACGUGCCUGUUUACUACGGGGUGAAGUUUCGUCGUUUUGUGAAGCAGGGGUACAUGUCUGGUGGCGGAGGCUACGUGUUAAGUCGAGAGGCCCUGCGUAGGUUCGUGACGGAGGCCUUGGUAAUCACUGACCAGGAUAAGUGCGCCACAAACUCCGUGAAAGGCUCCGAGGAUCUUCAGCUGGGUAAGUGCUUGGAGAGCGUCGGGGUAGCAGCGGGGGACAGCCUGGACGAGACGGGACGCUCCAGGUUCUUCUCCCACGGGCCGCAGUCUUUGUUCUUCAAGCAGCCUCUCAUCAACAGGCUACACUGGUACUGGCACUACAUCUGGCACCCGCACACUGUGGGGCCAGACUGCUGCAGCCGCCACAUUAUCUCCUUCCACAACAUCGACCCUCGCAUGAUGUGGGUGCUGGAGACGCUAUUGUAUCGUCUCAACAUCCACAGAGACCUCCAGCCCCCGGGCCUCAACACAUCCACCUCCACGCUGCCUCCACCUGUCACAUCCACCAUCACUACAUCAUGAGUUCCUAUCCCACCACAAUUAACUCGUAGAAUCUCAGAGCGACUUUUGUUUCUAGUGACAUUCCAUUCCAUUCCAUUGUUACUUUGAGAUUGUUAGUUUAAGGUCCGUAUUCUGAAACACUGCGCCCUCACCAUCACUACUUUCCAAAGGGUCUAGUUGAAAAUACUCGUGUUUUUAAUCUCCUCAGUACUGGGGCGCAUUUCUACCUUGAGUUUUGGGGACGUUUA